AUGGCUUAUCUGGACCGUUGGCCUACUUUAGACUUAGCUGUUCUCUCUCUCUCUCUCUCAAUUUCAUAAGAAAAGCAAAACCAAGAAACGCGAGUUGUUCGGGGAUCUCUCUCUCUCUCUCUCUGCAAAGUCCAAAUUCACUCAUGGAGGUUAUUGGAAUCUUGGUGUAUGCUCCAAGAUUUGACAUUUCCAUUUUGUACUGCGGCUUAUACCUUAUGGCCAAUAAGUUUCAGUUUCCACAGGACAAAGGUCGACCAUUACCAAAAUUUGGAGAAUGGGAUGUCAAUGAUCCAGCAUCUGCUGAGGGGUUCACCGUGAUCUUUAACAAAGCACGGAAUGAGAAAAGAACAGGUGGGAAGUCUGACUCACCGCCAAAGGAUGACUCUACUUAUAAGCAUGGGGAAACUCUUGGAAAACCCCACUCUAAGAAAUGGUUUUGCUGCAUGCAAUCUACUUCAGCGGAAUCAUAAGGGCGGAUUAUUCAUGUCAGCCCUGCCCUGGAUUAAUUCCAGAAGACUGGAGCUGUUAAGCUGUGAUGGGUCAUGCUGGAAUUUGGUUUGUUCAUGAGUUAAGGUUGUAUUGAUAAUGUGGGGUUUAGUUGAUAAAUUGAUGCAUUGUGCUCUUUCUUUUUUCUGCUUCAUUUGGUUGUGUUUUUCCCUAAAUACUGUUUUUGGGUUGUAUCCGUUUUUGCUUAUUUCCCUUUGAGGGAAGGAAUUUGUGUUCUAUGACUAUUAUUAUUUCCUCUACUACUAUUUAUCUUUGCUUUACUGAAUGUUGGAAUUAUGGUUUUGACA